GUCUGUGAGAAUGCUUGUAUCAUUCCUGUCUGUGUUUCGUGCUGGUCUCAAUCUCAAAGAAAAAUGUUUCAUUCCUCUUGCUUGGUUGCCGAAGGCCACUGUACAGGCUGCUAUUGGUUCUAUAGCAUUGGACACUGCAAGGGAAAAAGGUUCAUCCGAGGAAGUGAUAGAGCUUGGAAAACAGAUUUUGACAAUAGCUGUGCUGUCUAUCAUCAUAACGGCACCUCUAGGUGCUGCAGCCAUUGCUUUGAGUGGACCACGAUUACUGAACAAAACAACUAGUACUUCACAUAAACUUGUGAAUCAAGAUGUUCCAUCUGAAUGUGCUUCCAUGUUGAAUAAAGACACUGGUGUCUAGUGAACUUAGAGAACUUGCCAGCUAUGUGGCAAAACAUUGUAUUGAAUACAUCUACUAUUGCCUGAUUGGAGGUUUGACUCACAAUACGAGUCUUUGCACUGUGCAGUGUGCAUGCACGUUUCUGGCAUCAACAUUUUAACGACUAUCAAUUAACUUUACACCUAGCAAGUGACAACCCUCACUAUGUUUCAUAAUUUAUAUUAAUAUUCAAUUGUAUUAAUAUUAAUACAAUUGUACCAUUCCUACCCCUUUACUAAACCUUAGCUUUGCAAACAUUUCUAUGUUAAG